GGAAGGUGCAGAACACUGUCUUCCUGAUCAUGGAGAGCUGGGCUGCUGACAAGCAAGACCUGUCAACGAAUCAGUGAAUGGGGAAGGGAGCUGUCAGGGGUUUCACUACAUUGUAACAUUGUUGCACAAAGAGCAGAUAGGUAUUAGGCAAUGCACCUCUGUUUGCUGUCCCUUCACAGCACAUUACUGGACCAGCAACCACUGCACAGCCCGCACGCUCGGAUGCCUCUGCUUGUAGAAAGAUGUGUCAUGGAAUAAAAACCAGGAGUGCACGCCUAGUUCGAACUCAGCAUCAGACCCUCCUGGGGGUUCUAGUCUGGGUCCAACUCUCUGUAUGCUCCGGCCCAGUGCAGCUUUCCGUAGGUUUUGAAGAUAUUAAUACCUGUAAUGUCCCGGAGGUUCCGGAGAACGGAUACAGGACACAGAGCAUAGGAGUCUUCUUUGAAAAUUCGGUUGUACGGUUCCACUGCCAAAAUGGCUACAAGCUCAAAGGUCCUACAAAGAAGAUGUGCGUUCAGCUUUAUAAUGGAUCUCUUGCUUGGAGGCCAAGUGAUACUCCGGUGUGUCUGGAGGAAGUGACAGACUGCCUUACUCCGUACAUUGAAGAUGCCGAUAUUCUUAACAAGACAUACAAGACUGGAGACAAGUUAAUAAUGAGUUGCCGAGAAGGAUUUCAGACUCGUUACCCUGAUUUAGACAACAUGGCUUCAGUAUGUCAAGAUGAUGGAACAUGGGAUAAUCUGCCUAUGUGUCAAGGUUGCCUGAGGCCGUUGGUUCUUCCUCACAGUUACGUCAAUAUCUCUGAGUUUGACUCGUUGUUUCCGGUGGGAAGGGUGGUGUUUUACCAGUGCUUUCCGGGACACAAGCUGGAGGGUGCAGAGUAUCUAGAAUGCAUGUAUAACCUCAUCUGGUCAGAUGAGCCUCCAAGGUGCCUCGAUGUGGAAGUUUGUCCUCUUCCUCCGAUGGUGACACAUGGAGAUUAUACCUGCCACCCGCAGCCUUGCGAGAGCUAUAAUCAUGGAACGGUGAUUGAAUUUUAUUGUGAUCCUGGGUACACACUCGCCAAUGAUUACAAGUACUUCACGUGUCAGUCUGGAGAAUGGUUUCCAUCUUUCCCUGUCUACUGUGUCAAAGCUGAGAAAUCGUAUCCAAGCACUCAAGAUACUCUACUAACCACGUGGAAGAUUGUGGCUUUCACGGCAAGCAGUGUUCUCCUGGUUCUCCUGCUGGUCAUUAUUGCUCGGAGCUUUCAGACAAAGUUUAAGACACAUUUGCUCCCAAGAAGUCCGCAGGACAGUUCUGCAGAACCAGACUUUGUGGUAGUGGACGGAGUUCUUGUUUUGUUACCGACCUACGAUGAGGCUGUCAGCAACAACGUGAAUGUCACACCUCCAGGCUACUUAUCCUCUGCAGGUCAGAGGAGCCCAACUCAGACAGACGACUCCCACCCUCCCGCAUAUCCCGGCAACCCAACUACGGACAGUUUGUGCGAGGAGUCAGAGACCUUUGAUAGCUUGUUGGAUUCCUCUGACCUUCUGCAGACAUUGCAUUCUUCAUCUCUAUCUCAUGCAAGAGUUCGUGGUACUCAGAACAUGAGCAGUGGAGAAGCAGCAUCUACAAGUCCAAGCAUCGAUAUACCAGAUGAAAUUCAACUGAUGGGAGAAGAACAAGAAGAAUUUUAAUAAGAAGGACAUUAUUUAUUAGCAGCUAUUCGCAGAAUAUGUUUGCUAUUUCAAAACAAGGUGGAUGCAAGAAAAAGGAAAAGCUGGGUUCAGAAACUGGAGAUAUGAGGACUAAGGAUAUGGUCUGUCUUCCAAACUCAUAAACUAUGUACUAAAAGAGGAAGCAACGGUGCUUGGUAAUAUGCAUAACAAGUUCAACAUCCAGGGAGCAUUGGGACGUUACAUAGUGUUUGAAAGAACAACGUGGGUCCUCUCUGUUUGCAAUCAAGCAAAGAAGAGUUACAUUGAUUGAGAUGAAGGCAAUAAGAACAUUUUACACCAGGAAAAAGUUUGCUUGAUUCCUAAAUGUUUACUGGUUAUUUUUCUAAGGAAAACAUCUAGUGGCCCUCAAGAUUGUUUAAUUUAAGAGAACUCCAUAAUUCUCAUUUUCCUGUAACUACAUAUGUGCCUUCCUUACAGGAUCCCUUCUAAUCCAACCAUAAAGUACCUGAGCUGAGUUUGCUGUUACCACCUUGAAAAUAAAUCUCACUCUGAUUAGCA